AUGCCAUACUUUUCAGCAGUCUUAGCACUCUUGCUAGCUUCUCUUUCUGAUUGUCUUCCCAUGGACCACCUCAGGCACUUAGACUGGCAAAGAGGCAUGCGACCAAAUGGACGGUGCCCGCCGAAGUGCCAACCGGAGCUAUGCCCUGACACUAGAAUGCUCCAGGGCUGCACGUCAGGUCUGAUCCGGGACGUGUGCGGGUGUUGCUGGGAAUGUGGGAAUGGAGAGGGCCAGCUCUGUGACCCUAAACCCUGGACUGGGGCGACUGUUUUUGGACGCUGCACUGAAGGACUCCGGUGUAAAACCUCACGCAGGGACCCCACAUCAAAGGAAGAACCCAAGCCAGUGUGUGUGUGCGCCAAGCAGGAGAUGGUUUGUGGUUCGGAUGGCAAGACGUAUGAAAAUGUGUGCCAAUUACGAGCGACUCAGCGCAGGCUGGGUGAGCUGAUGAAGCUUUCAGUGGUGCAUCAUGGACUAUGCAAAGCAAAGCCGAUUAUCACCUACGCCUCGCGGGACAUUGAUGCUCUGGAGGGAAGUGAUGUUCUGCUUUCAUGUGAGGUGUCAUCAUACCCAAUUGCGUCCAUCCAGUGGAAAAAAGAGGGGGACAGCACCUUUCGGGCUGCCGAGGAUUCAACCAGAGCCAUACAGGCACAAGGUGGCCCUCGGCGCUUUGAGCUCACCGGCUGGCUCCAGAUUCACACAGUUGGCCCCGAUGAUGCAGGACUGUACACAUGUGUUGCCAGAAACGUUUAUGGUGAGGUGUCUGCCUCUGCCAGAUUACGAGUUAUGCACAGAGGGUCUCAACAAGACAGAGAACCAUCCAUAAGAAAAAAUGAGGUUCACAGAACACCUAUCAGUAAAACCGAGAGUGAAGACGAUGAAGAUUAUGAGGGACAACCAAGUGGAAAUAUGUAUUUGUAG